GACCAUUAUAACUAUUUUGGAUAAUUUUCAUUUUGAUGUUUCUGAGAGUAUAGCUGAAAAUUCGCAAUCUCAGUCAUCACAUAAAUCGAUCGAACUUGAAAGUGAUUGCAAAAGUGAAAAGCGCGAUGAAUCUCAACCAAAAGAUGAUGAUAUUAUAACUGAAGAUAUUGAAGGGGAAGAAGGUGAAUCAAACAAACAAGAUGAGUCAUUGAAUAUCGAUAUACCAAGUGAUGAAAUAUCCGGAAAAGUUUUGUCUCAACGUAUUCAUGAUACUAUAAUACACCAAAUAUUGCCUGACUUGAAAUCAUAUUUGUCCAAAUGUGAUGAUGGUAAUAUUACAGUACGAAUACCUGUAGCAUUGGCGAUCACAAAAUUAUUAAAGGCAUUGCCUGAAGCGUCACUUCGUCUCCAUUUACCGGGGUUGCUCACUACAUUAUGUCAAAUAUUAAGAAGUCGUAGUCAAGAUACUCGUGAUGUUACAAGAGACACCAUUGUUAAAAUUUCAAAUUUCAUUGGGCCUACGUAUUUUUCAUUUAUCAUAAAAGAAUUGCAAGGCGCACUUACACGAGGUUAUCAACUGCAUGUCCUUGGAUUCACAUUACAUUCUCUCUUGUUGAAUUUAGCCCCAAACUUAACAGUUGGAGACGUUGAUUAUUGUCUUCAACUAAUUGUUGAUAUCAUGAUCAACGAUAUAUUUGGCCAUGUUGCAGAAGAGAAAGAUACAGAGGAAAUAACGGGUAAAUUAAAGGAGAUGAAAGCUAAAAAAGGUUUUGGAACAUUUGAGAUUCUUGCCAAAAUUAUCCAUAUUAAGAAUAUCGGUAUCCUAUUGAUGCCACUUAAAGAUGUUAUGCGAGAAACGCAAAGUUCAAAGAUUUUGCGGAAAGUUGAAGAAACAUUACAAAAAAUAGCAAUUGGGUUGAAUAAUAACCCUGAAUUUGAGAUCAAAGAAAUUAUAACAUUGUGUAAAGGACUUGUAUCUCAGAAUCUUGAUAUAUUAAAAUCAGAACCGAAGGUCAAGACUGUUAAAACAAAUUUAGAGAUGAACUUUACAGUGCAAUUGAAACGUGAUAUUACAGAACCCGUAGAUCAUUUUGACACAAAUUCAUAUCUUUUUGUGCAAUUUGGGUUGGCCAUAUUUUUAUCCGCUCUUAAACACGAAAAGAUUGAUACAAAAUCUGAGGAACAACUUUUUAUGUUAGAUCAAUUCGUGAAUAUAGUAGGAAAUGCCAUGUAUUCCAAGCAUUUGAGCAUUAACAUUCUUGCUAUCAAGAUAAUGAACUUAUUAUGUAACCUGAAACUUAAAUCCUUGAAUGAUGCUUUACCUGUUAUCGUGAAGCAAACAUUUGUUUUGAUAAGAACAUCGAACUCUACGAAUUCCGAGCUCGUACAAACUUGCUUUAAAUUGCUUACAGUUAUGAUGCGCGUUGGUGAUCAAGUUGAAAUUAAAGAAAACCAAUUGACCUUCUUAAUUAAUUUGAUUAGACCUGACCUUGAAGAGCCCCAACGGCAAAGUACGACAUUCUCGUUGAUUAAAGCCAUAAUUUCACGUAAAUUAGUUGUUCCAGAGAUUUAUGAUUUAAUGCAAACAAUUUCCGAAAUAAUGAUUACAAGUCAAACUUCACAAACAUGUGACCUUUCGAGACAAGUUUUAUUUCAAUUCUUAUUGGAUUAUCCACAAGGUCGUGGACGCCUCAAGAAUCAAAUAAACUUUUUAAUUAAAAAUCUCAAUUAUACCUUUGAGAGUGGUAGGAAAUCAACAAUGGAGAUGCUAAGUUUAAUAAUUACUAAAUUUGGAGAUGAAAUAUUAAUGGAAUAUGCAGAAAUGUUUUUCGUGGCUUUAUCUAUGUUAUUAGUUAAUGAUGAAUCCAACAAAUGUCGAGAAAUAGCAGGUGUCUUGAUUAAGGUAUUAAUGAAAAGAAUGGAUGAACAAAGAUUAAAAAAUACCUAUAUCUUGUUAGAUAAAUGGUUUUCUCAAACCGAAAAAAAGAGUUUGCAACGAAUGGCAGUACAAAUUUAUGGACUUGUAAUUGAAGCUUUUGAAGACAGAUUCAAGAAACACAUUCCAGAAUUACUAAAUAUUUUAGAUAUUGCUCUUCAAUCAAGUUCACAAGUUAUGGAUCAGCUUGUGCGUUCCUCAAAUGAUACAGGCGAUAAUCAGGAAGAUAUGAUGGUGGAUGUUGAUUGGGAGAUCGGAUAUUAUGCAUUAAAUACGUUCACUAAACUUAUUAAAGCUUUCCCAUCUGUUACUUAUCUUGAAGAAUGCAACAAAAUAUGGAUACUGGUUGAAAAGCAUAUUCUCCAUUCACAUUCUUGGAUAAGACUCGCAUCAAGCAGACUUUUUGGAUCAUACUUUGCUAAAAUCAAUCCCGAGACUAUGAUUGCUACAGGAUUAAAUAAAAGAAAUGAUUUUUUGACAAAGGAUUUGCUGAGAAAAUUGGCCAUAUCAUUUUGUACACAAUUGAAAAGUGAACAUUUGGGACAAGAGCUUGCAAUUCAAAUUGUGAAAAACUUGUUUUUCAUUGGAAAAUGUUUUUAUUAUUUGUCGCCUGAUGAGGAUGAAGUAGAUCAUUCAUUUACAAAGGAAAGGGAUGAAAAUCAUAAUGAAGAGUCUAUAUCUGAAGAUAUAGAUAAUGAAAACCAUGACGAUAUAGAUGAUAUAGAUAAUAUAGAAACAGAUGAUGCAGAUGCAAGUAAUGCAGAUGAUGAGAAACAAAAUAUGCAGCAGAUUAUUGGUAACCAAGCAAGCGAUAGCGGUACGGUAAAGUCAUCCCUGAUUUGGUUAUUCAAAAAAUUAUCAUAUCAGGCAAGGUUUUCUUCAUCCAAUAACGAAGAGAUUGACCAUCAGAGAACAAGUAUAUAUCAAUGGUUUGCCGCAAUGAUCACCUGCAUGUCACCGAACGACUUGGUGCCUCCUUAUCUCUUACAUAUAAUCUCACCUAUAUAUCGUUUAAUAAACAACGAGACAACCAAAGGCCAAGAUAUAGAUAAUCUUAAACGGCUUGGAAAAGAAGUUCUCGAUCUAUUACAUAAGCGUGUUGGUACGACUGAAUAUCAUAAUGCGUAUAAUAAAGUAAGACAACGAAUAGAGGAAGUAAGAAGGGAAAGGAAACAUCAAAGAGUUAUUAAGGCUAUUGUCGAUCCGGAAUCUGCAGCGAAACGGAAAAUACAAAGGAAUGAAAUGAAGAAACAAAAUCGAAAAAGAAAAAAUGAAGAAUUUGCUAAGAAAAAAUUGAGAUAUGGC